CCUCCAUGCUUUCCUCCACACUUCAUCGGCUCUCCUUCUGAUUGCUAAUUUCACCAUGCUCCUUGCUCGUCUCUGGCCGGCGUGUCUCACGCUGCUCGUGGCCGGGGCCGCCGCCGUCAAGGUCAAUCCCUUGCCAGCUCCACGCAAUAUCACUUGGGCUUCAUCGUCAGGUCCCAAGCAGCUGGCCGGCUUCGUCAGUCUCCGCGUCUCUCAAGAUACACCCGACUUCAUUCUCGCCAAUGGAUGGAAUCGUGCUUGGGACACUAUUGUCUCCCUGCAAUGGGUGCCCGCAGCGACUGAAGGCCCCUUUCCAUCCUUCCAACCCUUUCCCACCGCUGCGGCCGGAGUUAAACGGUCCUCGCAGGCACUGCCAACGCUACAGUUUGUCGAUGUGAACAUUUCGGAUGUUGACGCGGACCUGCAGCAUGGAGUGGACGAGUCUUACACGCUGGAGGUCUCCGAGAGCGCUACUUCAGUAGUCAUUGAAGCACCCACUGUCUGGGGAGCACUUCACGCCUUUACUACUCUCCAGCAAUUGAUUAUCUCUGAUGGACAGGGCGGCUUGAUCAUUGAGAAGCCAGUCAAGAUCCAGGAUGCACCUCUCUAUCCUUAUAGAGGCAUCAUGCUUGAUACCGGCCGAAAUUUCAUCUCAGUUAACAAGAUCUAUGAACAGCUAGAUGGCAUGUCGCUUUCCAAGCUCAAUGUUCUACACUGGCAUAUGGAGGACACGCAAUCAUGGCCUGUACAAAUUGAUGCCUAUCCAGAGAUGAUCCACGAUGCAUACUCCUCGCGCGAGGUGUAUUCGCACGCGGACAUGCGCAAUAUCGUAGCAUAUGCUCGAGCACGCGGCGUACGGGUUAUCCCUGAGAUUGAUAUGCCCAGCCACUCCGCUUCUGGUUGGAAGCAGGUUGAUCCCCAGAUGGUGACCUGCGUGGAUUCUUGGUGGUCUAAUGAUGAUUACGCCCUGCACACUGCAGUUGAACCACCACCGGGACAGAUGGACAUCAUCUACAACGGCACAUAUGAUGUGGUCCGAGAGGUGUACAAUGAGCUCUCAAGCAUCUUCCCUGAUAAUUGGUUCCACGUGGGAGCAGAUGAGAUUCAGCCUAACUGCUUUAACUUCAGCAGCUAUGUUACUCAGUGGUUCGCGGAGGAUCCGACACGUACGUAUAAUGAUCUAGCCCAGUACUGGGUAGAUCAUGCCGUACCGAUCUUCCAGAAUUAUAGUAACUCACGGCAAUUGGUUAUGUGGGAAGAUAUUGUAUUAUCAACAGAGCAUGCGCAUAGUGUUCCUACGGAUAUUGUGAUGCAGACCUGGAAUAACGGACUGGAUUAUAUUGACCAGCUGACGGCCAAGGGCUAUGAUGUGAUUGUAUCCUCGUCAGACUUCAUGUAUCUGGAUUGUGGAAUGGGUGGCUUUGUGACAAAUGAUCCCCGCUACGAUGUCAUGAGUAAUCCGGAUCCAAACACACCCAACUUUAAUUAUGGCGGAAAUGGGGGCUCAUGGUGUGCACCAUACAAGACAUGGCAGCGUAUCUACGACUAUGACUUUACGCAAAAUCUGACUGACGCCCAGGCACAGCAUAUUGUGGGUGCAGUGGCACCGCUCUGGUCAGAACAAGUAGAUGACGUGACUGUCUCCAGUCAGUUCUGGCCGCGCGCCGCUGCCCUGGCGGAACUGGUAUGGUCUGGGAAUCGGGACGAGCAUGGGCAGAAGCGCACGACGCUGAUGACGCAGCGAAUCCUAAACUUCCGUGAAUACUUGGUAGCUAAUGGGGUGCAGGCGAAGGCCUUAGUUCCCAAGUACUGUGUGCAGCGCCCACAUACCUGCGACUUGUAUCGCAACCAGAGUGUGAUUCAGUAGGGUUGGGUGGGUUGAAAACUAGUCGGUAACGCAGCAUUAUAUGUGGGCUAUAGUAAUAAUUCUUAACA